AUGGAAAAUGGAACAAGUUUUUACUUGAUGUUGUUUGAAAAUAUUGGGUACACAAGAUAUGCUUUGUUCAGUUUGGCGAUUGUUCUGUACAGUGCUAUACUAUUAUUCAAUUUCCUUGUAAUUCUUGCAAUCUUUCUGGAGAGAACUUUACACCAGCCCAUGUACAUUCUGAUUUCAUGUUUGUCUUUUAACUCUAUCUUUGGAACAGCUGCUUUUUUCCCAAGGUUACUGACAGACUUGCUGUCCAAUACACACUUGGUGCCUCGUGAGGCUUGUCUGUUACAGGCUUUUGUCAUUUAUUCCUAUGCAUCAAAUGAAAAUACCAUACUGAUGUUAAUGGCGUUUGACAGAUAUGUAGCAAUAUGUAAACCCUUACAGUACAACAGCAUAAUGACUCCCAGGAAUUUAUCUGUUUUAAUAGCUUUGAGCUGGAUCUAUCCAAUGCUUUGUGUUGGUAUUGCUGCCGUUCUAAAUGCCAGGCUGACCAUGUGCGGGAACAAACUGUGGAAAGUGUAUUGUCACAACUGGGAAAUCGUCAAGCUCUCUUGUACUAAUACUAUUAUCAAUAAUGUUUUUGGCUUUUUUAUAGUGACCACAACUGUCAUCAUGCCUUUAAGUUUUAUAUUAUACUCUUAUGUUAAAAUUCUGAUCAUCUGUCGAAAGAGCUCAGUGGAGUUCAGGAGAAAAGCGUAUCAGACUUGUAUUCCACACAUCGUGAUCCUUUUGAAUUUCUCAGCUGCUCUUUUUUGCGAGGUCACGUUGAGCCGGGUUCAGAAUUUGGAGCUCCAUGUAGGGCUGUCAAUUAUUCUUUCGCUGGAGUUCCUUAUUGUACCGCCAAUCCUCAACCCUCUUAUUUACGGUUUGAAUUUCCCAGAAAUACGCAAAAAAAUUAUGUGUGUUGUAAAGACGUGUAAAUGA